UGACAGGCGACUCGAGCGCGGAGUUUGUAAACAGAACCAAAGGUCUGCGUUUCUCCUCAUGUUUUUUAAUUAGAAUUUUUUUCCAUUUGGCUUCGAAGAAAUUGUUUUUAUACUUUUUUUUCUUUAACAAAGUGAAGCGAGGGACGUUUCUCAACCGGGGACAACUUUUGUGUUCUUUAAAGUUUUGACACACCAUAUGACUUUAGCUAGCUAGCUGUGUUAGCUAACAUGCUAGCAGGCUGUCUGGAGGACCGCCGUCUUCCUCAUGUGAGAGCUGCCAGGUAUGCUCGUUUACCUUUUAGGGAGAUCUUUACUUCGGUCCGGAUUACAGCGGCUCGGGGUCCAGUCGAGGUGUUUCUGCGCGGCGCAGAGUGACCGGUGUCCGGGCACACCGCAGCCGGCAGACAUGAACCGGAGCCGGGCUCAGAUCAAGCGGGUCCUCUGCGUAGCGGAGAAGAACGACGCUGCCAAAAGCAUCGCGGCGAUCAUGUCCAACGGCUCGUCCAGGAGGAGAGAGGGGAUGUCAAAGUAUAACAAAAUCUAUGAGUUUGAAUAUCAUCUCUUUGGUCAAGAUGUGACGGUAUCAAUGACUUCAGUGUCGGGACAUUUACUGGGUCUGGAGUUUAAAGCACAAUUCCAGAAAUGGCACAGUUGCAAUCCUGUGCUGUUGUUUGAUGCUGAGGUAGAGAAGUACUGUCCGGAUAAUAUGAAUCACAUUAAGCGGACACUGGAGAAGGAGACGAGGCAGUGCCAGGCCAUGAUCAUCUGGACUGAUUGUGACAGAGAGGGAGAAAACAUUGGCUUUGAAAUCAUAGAUGUCUGUAAAGCAGUGAAGCCCAACUUACAAAUAUUUCGGGCCAAGUUUUCUGAGAUCACCCCCAACUCCAUUCAGAGAGCUUGUGAGACCCUCACGGAGCCAGACGCUAACAUCAGCGAUGCUGUCGAUGUCCGUCAGGAACUGGACCUGCGAAUAGGUGCAUCCUUCACUCGAUUCCAGACUCUCCGCCUGCAGAAGAUCUUUCCAGAGUCUCUGGCCAAUCAGCUGAUCUCAUACGGCAGCUGUCAGUUUCCCACUCUGGGAUUUGUGGUGGAGCGUUUUAAAGCCAUCCAGGCUUUCAUACCUGAGACUUUCUACAAGAUUAAAGUGCUGCACAAGGUGGAAGAGGACACUGUCGAGUUCAGUUGGAAAAGAAACCGUCUCUUCAACCACACAGCUUGCCUGGUGCUCUACCAGAUGUGCAUGGAGGAUCCCAUAGCAACCGUCACCGCAGUAACCAGCAAACCCAAGAGCAAGUGGAGACCGCUGCCUUUGGACACGGUGGAAAUGGAGAAACUUGUAUCUCGGAAACUAAAAAUAAGCGCCAAAGAGACCAUGAAAAUAGCAGAGAAGCUGUACACCCAAGGGUAUAUCAGCUACCCCCGUACAGAGACAAACAUCUUCCCCACCAACUUGAGUCUCGGCCCCCUGGUGGAGCAGCAGACUCAAAGCCCGGUAUGGGGAGCGUUCGCCCAGCGCGUGAUGGACCAGCCUGGGGGUCCCAACCCACGACAGGGCAAGAAAUCUGACCAAGCCCACCCCCCCAUACACCCCACCAAGCACUCCAGCACACUGCAGGGCAAUGAGGGCCGUUUGUAUGAGUUCAUUGUCCGGCACUUCCUGGCCUGUGUAUCCCAGGAUGCUUUGGGGCACGAGACGGUGGUUGACAUCAACAUCGCCCUGGAGAACUUCUCCACCUCGGGACUCAUGAUCAUUGCAAAGAACUACUUGGACGUUUACCCGUAUGACAAGUGGAGCGCUAAGCUGAUCCCCGUGUAUGAGCAGGGCUCUCAGUUCCAGCCCUCCGCCGUGGAGAUGGUGGACGGACAGACGAGUCCUCCGCAGCUGCUCACUGAAGCCGACCUCAUAUCCCUGAUGGAGAAGCACGGCAUCGGCACCGAUGCAACUCAUGCAGAUCACAUCGAGACCAUCAAGAGUCGCAUGUAUGUGGGCUUAACAGCUGAUCAGAGGUUCUUGCCCGGAGAGCUCGGCAUGGGACUGGUGGAGGGGUACAACGCCAUGGGAUAUGACAUGUCCAAACCAAACCUACGCGCCGAAUUGGAGGCUGACCUCAAGCUGGUGUCCGAGGGCAGGAAGGACCGACGCAGCGUGCUGCAGCACCACAUCCAGAAAUACAAGACCGUCUUCAUCGAGUCCGUCAGGAAGGCGAAAAAGUUAGACGAAGCCCUGUCGCCAUAUCUGGGGGCAGCUCAGGAGAUCCCUGAAGCAGAGUGGCAGGACAUGGAGAUGCCGCUGCCGGUAAGGAAGUGCCCUCGCUGCUCGCGGGACAUGGUGCUGAAGAAGAAGAGGGAGGGAAACCGUACGUACCUGUCCUGUACGGGAUACCCGGCCUGCAAGGCGGCGGUGUGGUUCCCCGACACGGUGCUGGAGGUGAGCCGAGACGACAGCGUGUGUCCCACCUGUCGGCCGCACCCGGUGCACAUGUUGAAGUUAAAGUUCCAGAGGGGCAGCCUCCCUCCCAUGAUGCCUCUAGAAUUCAUCGGCUGCAUCGGCGGAUGUGACGAGAUGCUCAGGGAGGUGCUGGACCUGAAAUACCUUUGGGCAGGGGGGGGAGGAGGUGGAGGCGGUGGAAGUGGCGGAGGAGGUGGCGGUGGAGGAGGUGGAGGAGGAGGAGGAGGAGGAGGCGGCGAUCCUCAUCCACCGGCUCCAAGGCCCCCCCGCCUCCCGAGAUCAAAUCCUCGCCCUUCCCUUCCCCCGGUCCCCUCCUGGCCCCCGCAGCCGCCCCCUCCAGCAGGGGGCGGUGGUGGCGGCGGCGGCGGCGUCAUCGUGUGUAACUGCGGUCAGGACGGCCUCCUCCUCACCGUGCGCAAAGACGGUCCCAACCAAGGCCGGCAGUUCUACAAGUGCAACGGCGGCAGCUGCAACUUCUUUCUGUGGGCCGAUGAGCCGAGUCAGCAGGGGGAGCCGCGGAGCCGAGGCCCCCCGCUGCAAGCCCCACCGAGGGUCUCCGUGGGGUACCCAAACCCCCCCGGGGGAGGCCGAGAGCAGCGAGGGGGUGCGGGGGGGCAGACGAUGUGUAACUGCAACGAGGCCGCGGUGACGCGCACGGUGCAGAAGGACGGCCCCAACAAGGGCCGCACGUUCCACACAUGCGGGAAACCAAGAGACCAUCAGUGUGGCUUCUUCCUGUGGGCCGAUGAGAACGAACCUCCACCAGGUGUGUAUGGCGGUGGCUUUAAUAACGGUGGAGACGCAGGGAAGAAGGGAAGGAAGGUCACGGGCGAUCCCACCGCCAACAAACCUCCGGCUGCGAGGAAACCGCGGACCUGCGGCAUCUGCCACACGCCGGGACACACCCGGGUCACCUGCCCCCAGCGGUGACCGCCGCCUUAAGACACUGCGCCUGGAUUUGCUGAGUCGGACUUCAUUUUUUCCAAGUAUGCUCAGCUUGGAUUGUAGGAACCUCUCCGCAGGGGGCGGAGCUCUUUUAUUGGAAUAUAAACAAGACGACGUUUCCUGUUGAUAACCAAGAGGACUAAAGCGGCUUUGAGCUCAAGACUGAAGUCAUGCAAUGACUCGACACACUUGUUUUACCCUCACAGUGAUAACUCUGUUGUAUAAAAUGAAUAAAAAGGGGGGGAUGUUUUUAACUAGCUCUUAUCUCUCAGUCCUCCUCAGAUCUGUGUGCUUGUUCAACAACAAUGACUCCUUUCUCCCUGGGAAGAAAGUUCCAGGUCAUGCUGGGGUCCAGUGAACUCUUCGUAAAUAACAUUUUCGGAAAAAUGUCCGUAUAUUUUUGCUCUCUUGCCAAGCGUGAGAUGAGAAGAUCGAUGCCACUCCUGUGCAGUAGAUAUGAUGCAGCAGUUAGCUUAGCAUUACGAUUUAAAUACCUCAGAGCCACAGGAGGGUUUACUAUAUAUGUAUAUGAUUAUUAUUAUAUAAUAGAGGCUAUUCAAAUGUUUCCCAACAUAUUUAACUUGAGAGUGCCAUAUUCGUGAACUCUUUUGCCUCCAGAGGAAAAGAGGACGACAUUGAGGAGAAGAACUAGUUUCACACCUGUCUGUGUGUGUAACCUGGUUGUGAUCCGGUGGUCCUGAAGCUAAUGAAUCGUUGUGUUUAUCUGUAUUUAAUUUGUUUUAAAGUUUAUUCUCCCACAGGAGUCUAGUGAAUAAAUGUUUAUUUUAAAGAAACUGUA